AUGGCCACAACAGCACCCGAAACGCAACAUGGACCCGAGAUUGCUAGUGAGAGCGCAGAUGAGGGAGUCGGGCAUUCGUCUCAUGAUGCAGAUUCGCACCCCUCAUCAGAAAUUGCAUCACCGGCGAGUGCAAUACAAUCACAUGUGAAAUUUAACGCGAAUUUGACCUCGGUAUCAUCGAGUUCUGUAUUUAUUGUUAAUGCUUUAGAAAGUAUAACUUCUAGCAAAGAGGCAAGGAGGAACAAGAAAUUGAAAGAGAGUGUGGCCAAAGCUUUAGAUAUGAUUCAACAUGAUGAGAGUGGAAAAGAAAGCCAAAACCUAAGCGGCUUUGACGCAUAUAUAAUUUUUGAACCUCUGCAACUAGCAUGUCAAACAGGCUCCACGAGUUUAAUGAUCACAGCGCUCGACUGCAUAAGUAAACUCAUCUCUUAUAACUAUCUCAUAGAACACGACAUUCGCUCUUCUACUCUGCCGAUUGAUACUACUUUACCUCCGACUGAAACCAAACCCGAGAAUGAAUCCGAAACCACACCGGCAAAGGUGGAGAAGCGACUGUUGAUGGAAAUGGUAGUUGAUACAAUUUGCGAUUGUUUUGUCGGUGAGAGCACCGAUGACAAGGUUCAAUUACAGAUUAUUAAGGCCCUUUUGGCCGCAGUAUCAUCCACAACAAAUCCGAUACAUCAAACCCCUCUCCUCAAGGCCAUCCGCACAUCUUACAACAUCUUUCUACUUUCUCGCAAUUCGGCAAAUCAAACCAUAGCUCAAGGCACGCUGACCCAAAUGGUUCACCAUGUUUUUAGCAGAAUAAAACUUGACGGAUUGACGGCCUCCCUUCCCUCUCCAACCUCUUCUAUUCCUAAUAGUAAUUCCAACUCGAAUUCUAUCGCUGGGAACAUUAAUUCGCCCUCUACCAUGUCAUAUGACAACAUGCUGUCCCAUACAAUCGCCUCUUCUGGGACAGCCGAGACUGAAGUAGAUUUGGGAACCAUUACCAAAUCAGAUGCUGGGAAAAUUGGGCAAUUGGAAGAAGGAAACGACUCUAGAGAGGAGAUAAUGAAGGCUGUUGAGGAAGAAAUGGAAGGAAUAAGAGGCGAGGAUAGUAAUGGGAAAGGGUAUUUGGAUGCUCGCACUAACACUAAAAAGGAAGAAAAUUAG